AUUCGCAUUAAAGUUCCUACAUGCUGUCAAAUGUAGUCCAGUCCGUCUUGGCCGUUGUCUCAAUGAAGCUGAAGGUGUCCUUUCGUCGUAGUGCGCUUACCUGAGACACCUGGACCCCCCUGUGUUAACACAACCACACUUAAGUCUGCCCCGGCCGAGCGAGGAGGGCAGAAGGACUCCUACAAGGAUGAAUGGGCUCCCACUCCUGUCCCUGCUCCUCUGGGUGUGUGCAGUGUAUUUUGUGGGGCUUUACCUGUUUGUCGGCGGCUUCCUGUUGGUUCGCCUGGAGGUGAACCGAACCAGCACCUGCGGAGAUGUACUGGAGCCCCGGGGAGAGUCGAGAGACUUUUGUGGGAUACAACCACGGUUUCGCAAGGUUGUCCUCAUCAUCGUGGACGCUCUGAAGAUAGACUUCGCCCGGUUUGACCACAACAACACUCAGCCCCGGCCCUUUGAGAACAAACUGCCUGUGUUUGAGGAGGCAGCCUCAUCCAGGCCGUCCCAGUGCCGCCUGUACCCCUUUCGUGCUGACCCACCCACCACCACCAUGCAGAGGAUCAAGGGCUUCACCACUGGAUCGUUACCCACCUUUGUGGAUAUUGGUAAUAACUUUGCUUCCAGUGCCAUCUUGGAGGACAACCUCAUUCACCAGCUUGGUCAACUUGGCAAACGAGUGGUGUUCAUGGGCGAUGACACUUGGGAGAGUCUUUUCCCCAAAAAAUUCUACCGUUCUUUGCCUUUCCCUUCUUUUAACGUCAAGGACCUACACACUGUGGAUAAUGGGAUCCUCCAGCACCUCUACACAACCAUGGUGGGUGACGACUGGGAUGUCCUAAUUGCUCAUUUUCUUGGGGUGGACCACUGUGGUCACAGGUUUGGCCCUGACCACCCAGCCAUGGCUGACAAACUCACCCAAAUGGAUGGAGUAAUCAGGUCUGUGAUCGACCGUCUACAGAAUGAUACACUCUUGGUGGUGAUGGGAGAUCAUGGGAUGACAGACACUGGCGAUCAUGGAGGAGAAAGUCAGAAGGAGACUGAUGCCGCUAUCUUCCUAUAUAGUCCUUUUCCUGUCUUUCCUGGACCCCCAUCACAGAGCGAACUGGAUGUGGUGCCCCAGACGGACUUGGUUCCCACCCUGGCCCUGUUACUGGGAGUGCCUAUCCCAUACAGCAGUGUGGGCCAGGUUCUCCUACCCUUGUUUCCCCUGCAUGGUCAUGUACAAGGUGCAGUUGGAGGUCUCAGCCAGCUGGAGGCGCUGUGGAUCAAUGCAAAACAGGUGAACCGCUUCCUGGAGACCUACUCUGUUAUGGCCAAAGACAUCCCACCAGAGAGUCUAAGUCGCCUUAAGGAUCAGUUUGCAAGCCUCUCUUCAAAGUACCUCACACUCGUCAGAGAGGGUCACUCAUCCUCGCCUGAGCUGGCGGUCGCCCUGCAGGCCUACCUCACCUCUGUCCGAGACACGUGCCGGGCCACCUGGGCCCGCUUCAACCCGCUUAAAAUGGUGGCCGGUUUAAUCAUCUUGGCACUUGCCUGCCUGAUGUGUUUCACGGUGUCUGAACAAUCACUUGUGCUCAUCAGGGAGAAUAAUUUUAGACAAAAGGCUGCGGUUGUCACGGCGCUGGCUGUCGGGGUUUGUGUGGCUGCUGGUCAGCUGCUCUCAUCGGGCUACAUAGAGUUAACGUGGUGCCUGGCUGCUACCGCCUUCACCUCUGAGCUCCUCUUCCUGUGGAGGGCUCAUCAGUCUAAGACAGCUGUCGUAGUUAAGAAUGGAACUAAAUACGCAAAAAGUGCGAGCUGGUGUAACGCACGUUACCUCCUCACACCCCCUCUUUUGAUCACACUCCUUCGCUGUGCCUCCCUGCUUUCUGAUAGCUACAUUAUUGCCGAGGGCCGAGUAGUCACUUUCCUGGUCUUCUCCCUGACUCUAUAUGUUCCCCUCCAUCUUAACUGGGAUGGCCUCCUUCUGCCCCCCAACCAUGAACCUUUGAAGACUGCAGGGCUGCUGCCGUCACCUGCUUCUUCCCCAUCCAUUGUGAGGAAAGAAAGCAUCACACUCUUAGCCUCCUUAGCUCUCCUAAUUGGCAGCCUCUACCUCUCCCUCUUCUUCCAUGGCUGUCGGGAGGAGCAGGGCUCUUGUCAGCCGUCACCAUUCCUUUCUUCUCUCUCCCGGGUGCAGGACAAUCAACUGAAGAACAUUUAUUACGUCCUGUCAGUCCUCUCCCUCGUCGUGUGGACGUACCUACUGAGACGGUGCCUCCGCCACUACGGAAACCUUAACUCUUCAGGUGGAACAGUAUUCACAGCUCACUGGAUCCUACCCCUGCUGUCUGUGUGUCUGGGGCUCCACUGGGCAGUCAGUGCCUCCCCAGAGGACAGCUUCAGGAAUCUGGCAGAGCUGAUCAGACUGGCCCAGGUAGCUCUCCCCAGAGCUGCCUUCUGUCUCCUUGGACUGGGGCUGGCUUUAAUUUGGCUGGAUCCACUCACUGUGUUUGUAAAAACCAGGGCUGCAAGUUUGGCUAAGAGUUUGUCCUUGCCACCUCCACGCUACCGUGCCAGCACUGGUAUCAGUCCUCAAGCUGAGCUGCACCACCUCAUCCCACAAAUAUAUCAGCGCAUGCGCCGCUCCCUUGACGACGGAGAGGUGAGCGGUAGCAGUGAGGAGGACAGCAGACCUGCUGUGGAGGCCUACGGCCUAGGAACGGUCUACUCUGCCCCACUGCUUCUGUUCUGCGGGCUGCUGGGAUUGGGUCUGCUGCAGCUACACCCAGAGGGCAUGGCUCUGUCUUUCCUCCUGCUGCUGUUCGAAAUGGGGGCUCUGCUGAAUAUUCACGCCUCCUCCACAACCCUCUGUGGCCUGCAGGGAGUUUAUUCUGGUGGUUUCAAUGUGGCCUGGACUCCUAUUGUGUUGUGGUCCCUGGCAGCCACCCAGUUCUUCCAUGCAACAGGGCAUCUGCCCACCUUCUCUUCCAUCCAGUGGGGGGCAGCCUUUGUGGGAUUUCCUGACGGACACAAAGGCACCAUACUGCCUGCCUCACUGGUUACACUCAACACUUUUGCCUCUCACAUUCUUUUUGCAGUGGGGUGUCCUUUGCUGCUGUUCUGGCCGUUGGUGUGUGAGGUCCGUGGCGGUAAGGGAAGAAAAGCAAGUCAGGAUGGAGGAGAGGACGCUGUGAUGGAGAUGAAACUGAGGGAGAGCCCCCAGCUCUUCACCUCAGCUCUUCUGCAACUCUCGGUGCGCUACAUCUUUAUUCAAGGAGCACAGGUCUUCGCUUCAGUGUGUGGAGCUGCUAUCCUCAGGAGACACCUAAUGGUGUGGAAGGUUUUUGCACCCAAGUUGAUGUUUGAGGCCUCAGGGUUCCUGAUGAGCUGCAUGUUUUUGCUUCUCGGAAUCUUAUUAGUGCUGAGAGUCGACCUGGCUGUCGGACGUUGGUUCAAAAGACUCAUCUCUGAUACAUCCAGGUAGCGAAAACCACGUAUUUGCUCUACCAGUGCAACCCACUAGAGCACACUGUGCCACAGGGGAUGGACACGUUCUGGUUAGGCAUCCUUCAAGGAUGCCUCAUAAAAAAAAAUUCAUAUCGAGCAUAGACACUGAAGCCUCAAUAGUGGGCUAAGCCUGCUCUGUUUUCCACCAGACAUGUCACAUCUUGAACUUUUUGUUAUAUUUUUUGGGCAAUUGUCUUGUAAACCAGUUAUCACAUGUUUCUUUUGAAUGUUUCUUUUAGGGUGGCUGACAGGGGCAAACAUCCAAAUGCUCAAAACCCAAAUAUCCAAAACUAAAAAAACAAAACCAAAUGCUGCAAUAACAUAAAUGUUCCAGGAUAAAAAAAAAUGCAAAAGAAAAAUUCUGCAAAUGCCAAAAACACAUACAAACUGUUAAACAAAACCCACCUGCACAACAGAAAUGCUGCAAGUUGACUGCACAAAACGGAAGUUAGCCACGCUACCAGGAAGUUAGGCUACAAGGCAUGCCAGGCUAGAGGGAUAUCACUCAGGUUUGGUGCCUCUGGUAGCCUGGCUAACUUCCUGGUAGCGUGGCUAACUUUCGUUUUCAUUUUAUACAUGUCUUUUGGGGGGUUUGUGUGUGUUUGUGGCAUUUUCAGCAUUUUUCUUUUGCAUUUGAUUUUGAUCCUGCAACAUUCAUAUGAGUGCGGUAUUUUCCCGUUGCAUUUGUUUUAUGUUUGUUUUAUUUUUAGUGUUUGGAGCAUUUCAAUGUUGCUGCAGGUUGACCCCUGUCGGCCACCGUAAAGUGGAUCCCCAUCUAUUUGCAAUUCAACAUUCCUGAACACGCAAAUUUGUGGAUUUUUUCAAAAAUACUAAAUUCGUUUUUGCAGAAAACUCAUUUAAUUCACCCUAAGUUGAGAAUAAUUUAAUUUAAAGCAUCGUCUCUGUGCCACACGUCUUUAUCAUCAUUUUCACCAUCAUCAUCGUUCGUUAUCAUUCAUUAGUGGUGAGUGGUAACAAUUUAAAGUGUGUGAGGCAUAUUGUAGGGCUUAAGCUUACUGUAGAUCGUGCUCCUGUGCAUUUAUCUUGUUUUCUUCUUUCAUCACAAGUGAACAAUGGCAAUUAAUGGGACGCGUCAGUGGAUCUGAAUCUAGUAAUAGUCACUUUUAUUGCAAAUGCUGAUCCGAAAUCAGAGAAGUCGACCUCAAGCUAGCAGAAGGGUUUUGAGGGGGAGGAGCGAGCUGGCGUAUCAUACGGCGGUGCACUGAUGCAGCAGAAUGACCCAGGCAUUUUUAGAGUGUCAAAAAUACAUUUGUAUGGGUGUCUAAAUUCUUUGUGUUUAUUUGGUAUUGGCGGGUGGUGUCGUAACGUAACCGCAAGUAGCGGGGAUAAUUUCUUUCUUCUUAAAACCCUUUUUUUUUUUCUUUGCAAGCAAGGUUGUUGAUAUGCAGCCAUUAUACAAAUCACAGAGUACACUAUUGAACUUAUCCCAGCUACCUCAUAGGCAAACAUGUGAACACUUCAUAGCUGAGACAGAUUUACAAAAAUAUGCAGCAGAAAUGCCGUUACCAUACAUACAUAAUACAUAUAUAAUUUGUUCAAAAGCUCUGAUGAAAACUGAAUAGUGAAUAAUGUGAAUCCAGUUAACCUGUUCCAGACACCCAAGAAAAUGAACAGAAAAAAUACAUUUUAUGGAGAACAAUUAUUGUUUUACACACAGAAAACAUUGAGAAACAAUUAUACAUGACAAUUGGAUGGAACCUAUUGUUGAUGCAGACUUCCAGUACGUCCUGGUGAGAUCAAAUUCAAGUGUUUCCUGCCUUUAUCAAAGUGCUGGCACUCGCAACUUUUAUUUGGCCCCAUGGCAGGUUAUUUAGCCGUCGCACUCAAUUAAAAAAAUGCAGUCCACAACGCAGAGGGUGCUUUGUUUGGGCACUUGAUUUCAUGGAACAAUGCAGCACAGGGCAGACCUGCAAUACUGUACGAAAACCGAGACAAAAUUUGACUGAAACAGAAUCAUACGAAAACUAGUCCAAAAAACAAGGUUUGACUGUAAAUGUAAAGUGGUUUUCAAUUAUUGAGCCGUUACUACAUAUACUGUAUGGGAUGUGUCAUUUUACAAGCCACAAGUGUCUGGAGCUUCAAUAGAAAAAAACCAAGCCAUCUUUCUUUGUGGUCAUCUUGGCGAAAGCUCACAUUUUUGUAUUUUCAAGAUGAAGAUAAUAAGUGUCUGAUCAUCCGAUCACUGCCAGUUGAUACUUCUUAACAAGUAUUAUUGUGUUUUUGUUAGUGUGUGUACAAUUAAUCUGUCGUGGUUUUUUAAUAGGGGUAUUUGAUUGCCUAUUUAUGAUUUAAUUUAUCACUAAUUUUGUAAUUUCCAAUUAAACAUGUCUUAAUUAGGUCGUAGAGUUGCUGUGUGUCAAUGAAGGCCCUUUUUUGUAAUGAUGUCAUUAUGGGUCAUUGAAUCCACUUAAUGUAUUUUCUACAGGAUGUGAGUCGGUGUCUGGGGUCCCAUGCGUUGUUAGUGUGCUGCUGAAGUUCAUUAAGCUAAUGCACAAUAUUGAAGGGAUGUGAAGCUCAGGUUGGAAAAACACUGCAAUCGCACUGCACUCCUCAGGCUGGCGUGUAGGGGACUUGAUUUUUAUUUUGAACUGAUAAUUCAACUAAUUUUGCUUCUCGUUGGCUUGUUUUGGGGGGAAAUAAUGCAUAAUAUAUAAAGAACUAAAAUGGUUUCAUGAAACUUUUUUACACUAUGUCUUCUUCAUGCAAAUAAAAGCAGUUUAAGGACUUUACUGCAUUCCGUGUUUCAAAUUCUACUUUAUUUAUUGCAAACUAUAUUUAAAGGUGUUUAAAAAAAAUACAUCAUGUUUAUUGACCAGAGGAGAUGAUGGAGGAGGAGAUGGGUGUUUUACAGCCCAUCAGUCAAUGUGCUUCAUUCAUUAUUCACAGGUGAUUUCCACAUUUUCUAUUCCCAUAACACUAAGCUUCGUAACGUUGCACUUAUACACAUUAGCAACAUAACAUUUGUUAGAAAUCUUCGGUGACUACUCGUGUUAAUUUACUGCACCAUCGAGUAAGCCA